CCUACCUCUUUUCCCCCUUGGCCAACAAACCCUCUUAAUGAAACAAUCAAUUCCUCUCUCUCUCUCUCUCUCUCUUAACUCCUCCACAAACCUCCCAACUCCAAACUCAUUACUUCACUACGUACAAAUAAUUACUAGCUCCCACAUUGCCUCAUUCCGUCACAUUAUCCGCAAAAUGGGCUUCAGAUCGUCGCUGGCCUUCGUUGGCCGCCUCGUCAACGAGCUCGUGAGCUUCGUCGUCUUCUCCGCUCUCGACCUCCUCGACGUCUUCCUCUGCCUCGUCUACAAGCUCGCCGACUACGCAAAGGAGGCCGAGUGGAAGCCUUGCUACUGCUCCUCCUCCUCCACCAACGACAUGAUCGCCAGCAGCGGCAACAUUCUCGUCUCGGACGGCAACAACGGCCGCUCGAAGAUCGUGUGCCUUUGCUCCUCCUCCAAGCUGCAGCUUGAAGAUAUCUCCGAUACGCUCUACUGCAGAUCUUCUAUUGUUUCUGAUAUUUCUCGUGCCACCGUCGAGGAGCUGAGAAGGAAGAAGGUUAAGAGAUCGGCCACGACGACCGUUACGAUAAACUCGACGAUCGUGCAGAUGUUAAAAGGGAAGAUCGGUGGGCAGCAGUCGCAUCCGGUUCCGCGGUGGUCGGAUUGCGACUGCAAGACCUGCACUUCGUGGAGCUCUGCAUCCCGGAAUUCUCUCUAUGUCCAUGUCCAAAGCCCCGACGAUGGUUCAAUCCCGAAGGAAGACGUGCUCUUCAUCCACGGCUUCAUAUCGUCGUCGGCAUUCUGGACCGAGACGGUGUUCCCGAAUUUUUCGGAGUCGGCCAGGUCGAAAUACCGUCUGCUCGCCGUCGACCUACUGGGGUUCUCACUGUACACCCUCAGAGAACACGUGGACAUGAUCGAAAGGGUCAUAGAGCAGCACGACGUGAAGUCGUUCCACAUCGUAGCACAUUCUCUCGGGUCAAUUCUUGCGCUAGCCCUCGCCGUGAAAUACCCCGAUUCGAUCAAAUCGCUCACCCUCCUCGCGCCGCCGUACUUCCCGGUGCCGAAGGGCGAGCAAGGGACGCAGUACGUGCUGCGGAAGGUGGCGCCGAGGAGGGUGUGGCCGUUGAUGGCGUUCGGGGCGUCGCUAGCCUGUUGGUACGAGCACAUAAGCAGAACCAUAUGCCUGCUCAUAUGCAAGAACCACAGGGUGUGGGAGUUCCUCUUCAAGUUCAUCACCCGGAAUAGGAUAAAAACAUUCUUGAUGGAGGGUUUCUUCUGUCACACGCACAAUGCAGCAUGGCACACCCUGCAUAAUAUCAUCUGCGGCAGCGCAGACAAAAUUGAUGGUUAUCUAGACACGGUGAGAGAUCGUCUCGACUGCAAUGUUACCGUGAUCCAUGGAAGAAAAGAUGAGGUUCUCCCCGUCGAAUGCAGCAUAGCAGUCAAGUCCAGAAUCCCUCGAGCCAACCUUAAGAUAAUCGAUAACAAAGACCAUAUCACUGUCAUCGUUGGAAAUCAGAAAUCUUUCGCGAGAGAACUUGAAGAGAUUUGGAACAACACUAAGCAAUGAUCGAUGGGGGGGAAUUUAUCUAGCGAUCUCUAUCCACAAGAUAUAUAGUUGAUUCGAUCAUCAAGGGAAGAAUAAACUUUUGAAAUCUAAGGAUCAGCGGUUCUUGGUACAUCAUCUAUCGAAUGGAUAUGAUCACUGGAUAGUUUCGAGAUAAGGAGAUGUUUGAAACACGAUUAAAAUGAACAAAUAUUGUGGAAAAAAUAACCGUAAAAAUUCAAAGAGGAACAGGUGCUAAAUUAAAGCAGCACUUUGCUUGGUGUGGUUUGAGGAGUUCUUUUCCUCUUGAGAUCUUUGUAUGAUCAAGUUGUGCCGUCCAAUUAUAAAUUUUUGUUUAUACUUUUAACUGUUUUCAGAGUGUUGUGCUGGUCGUCCAAGUAUCUGUCUCAAACUUUAUGGGCAAAUGAUUGAUAAAAUAGGAUAGGGAGUGCAGAAAAUAACUAUAUUAAGGCCCCUUAUUUAUUAUGCAUUUUA